GAGCAGCUAAUCCCGCCCCUCCGAGAGAUGCCCGCAUAUGUAUCGAGCACCCCCAGAUGAAGUCCGCAUAGCGCCCACUUCUCCUUACAGCUCGUUUCCUCCACAAAGUCCGAAUAACUCCAGUUUUCCACAGGGAUUCACAAGACGCGACCCGCAACAUGUGCCCCGCGGGUUAAAUGACGUCACACCGGAAACAGGCUGAAAGGACGUUUCAACACAAACUGGAAGCACGAGUGCCAACGUGCGUGAGACCGCGCGGCAGGGGGUCGGACUCUCACGCGCGGUGGUGACGUCGCUGUGCUGGUGAAGCCGUUCGGUGCUCAGCCAGCUAGUCACCGGAGCCCAAAGGUCCUGUUUCCGGUGUUAGCCACCGACAGUCGCCGGUAUAGAGUGGCCGCUUUAGGAUGCAGAGGUAGUCGGUGUUCGCGCGCAAUACGCCGCGGUUACCCGCAAAGGAGCAACGGACGUCGGGUAGCCAUGUUAGCGAGCGACGGCUAGUGAGUUAGCUACAUUUUACGGUCUGUGCUAACCACGUCGGUCGUCAUGUUGGCCCCGUGCCCCGGUCCGGAGGCUUCAGUUUGCCGCGGCCUCGCUUCUCCCCCCGGGGCGGUAGUAACCAACGGUUAGCGGCUAACCUGUUCUGGUGGCUAAGUUAGCAUAAGCUAACCUAUGAUUGUAGGUUAGCGGCUCACUUCUGCUAGUAGCUAAGUUAGCAUAUGCUAACUUAUGCUAGUAGCAGAGUCCUUCCACGCCCGCGGGCCGCCGGAGCGAUGCCCGUCCGACGGAGCUGAAGUGUCGCUCGGCAUGCCGAAGAUGACGGGCCGCCUGGGCCGGGUUUCUGUCCCUCUGUCGGCAGGAGACGGAACAUGGAAGCCGAGGCAGAGCGGAACAAAGACCCGAGUGCACACGAACCGCUGGAUAGAAAGGUGCUCUGCAGGCGGAACGGGAGGAUCGGUACAGUGAGAAGCCUCCACAUCCCGCUGAGGCCCCACAGCGCUCUGCAGAUUCAGCCCGUGUCACAAUGUGCAGGCUCCUGUCCAAACCUGAUGAUGAGUAGGAGCGAGCGCGCCGAUGCCAGGCCCAUCCCCGUGGCCCUCACCCCCCAGCUCCCCCCCCGGGCCCACCGGCCCCUCUGCAUGUCGGUCUCCUCCGACAGCAGCGGGCGCUUCAGAGCUCUGGAGACGCAGGAGUGGAAGAACAACCUCAAAGCUCAGAUGGAGCAGGCCCACAGCGCAGGCGCCGCCAGCAGCACCGGCUCUCUGGAGCGAGCGUCUCUGUUCUGCGCCUCGGCCUCCACCACGGCGUCCAGCUCCAGCCUGCCCAGCCCGGUGGAGAUCCUCAACAAGACCAAGUCCUCCAGCCGCUUCUCGCUCUUCUCCCCGCCGUGGAACAGCAGCUCCGAGUCGGACUCCAACCCUCCGUCCCGCUCGGGCUCCAAGAAGCUGCGUAACUACAGCCGCAGGGCGGCCACGGGGCCGGCGGGCGCCAGGGGCCCGGACACGCCGGAGCCCAAACCCGCCGGCCACGAGCACUUCCAGUACUCCGAACCGGUCAUCUCCAGGGUGACGGACUACAUCUACGUCGGCAACCUGAACGCGGCGUACAACGGGCGCACGCUGUGCCGCAACAACAUCGACAGCAUCAUCGACAUGAGCAGCGUGCCGGGGGACCCGGGCCCCAGCCUCAGCCUCAUCCCGUGCACCUGCUCCCGCGGCGCCCGCCACAGCUGGUCCCGCCUCAAGGUGGACAUCGGGGACGUGCCGGACGCCCUGGGCGACGGCCCGGCCCUGAAGCAGCGCUGCUUCGAGGACAUCAACGGGUGCAUCGACGCCUCCACCGAGAAGAGGAAGCGCGUCCUGGUGCACUGCCGGGACGGCUUCUCUCUGGCGCCGACCUGCAUCAUCCAGUACCUGAUGGUGAAACAGAACAUGAGGCUGAUCGCCGCCUACGAGCUGCUGAGGGCCAAGUACCCCGUCAACAUCAGGGAGGGCCACCAGGACAUGCUGGUGAGCCUGGAGAGGGCGCUGCGGCCCGGAGGCAACACCGAGCCCGAGUGCUUCAAACAGGCCAUUUCACGCAAAGUGGCGUGGACCUGACCCCCCCCCCCCCCCCCCCCCCCCGUCGUGGUGUUAGAUAUUUUCCUAAAGACAACGACUGGUCACCUCGAUAUUAUGGUGGUUGUAAAAGUGUUUGAAAGUCCUCUUCACACCUUGUAAAUGUGACCUGGCUGUGACCCCCCCCCCCCCCCCCCCCCAUAGACUCACUGUAAUAUACACACAGCUCUCGGUAUAAAGGUGUCGUCGUGUUGCCUGUAGAGUUGAUGUCGUCCUGCUUCAGUGCUGCUGCUGCUGUGGUGUUUUAUAUCUCAGGAGGUUCUUGGGGCCGCUCACAUGCACCUGGUGGGCUGUUUGCCAUUGCCCCCCCCCCCCUUGUUGUCAUCUACAGCACCUUUUUGGGGCCGAAUAAUUAUGGAAGCGUCUGUGUUGCUGACAUGGAGCGCAUUCCUCUUGGAUCACUGAAUCCCUCAAAGACAGUUGGGACAUUAGGUAAAAAAGUUAGUACCUCAGCAGGGCGUCGUGCUCCUGGAGCCGCAACAUGAAGCAAGUACACGUGGAGAUGGGGGGCGGCGCUUGGAGUCUUAUUUUGCUGGUUAAAAAUGGAGGUCUGGAUGUUCUAGCCUCUGUGGGGGGGGUGAGAAGCAGCAGAACAUACACACCGACAGGAUUACAUCGCUGGUCAUUCAGAUUCCCCCCCCCCCCUGACGUUUUCCCGCCGCUUUGGGUCGGAGGCCGAGCUGUCCUCUGUGAGGACUGCGGUUGCCCCGGUGACCUCUGCUCUGUGAGGCUGAACUUCUGGAUCAUCACUGGGUCAGCGGGGGUUUACUGUUCGAGGGUCUCUGCUCCUCCCCGGGUUCCUCCGAAUGCAAACUGCUGCCUUCAUUUAGUCUGAGAGCAUCUGAGGGACCAGAGGUCAUGUCAGAGGUCAUGUCAGUGUUUACAUGCUUCAAACUACCAAAAUCCUCCAUUUAGCAUUGUGUAUAAAACGAUGCUUCCAUAAAAGAUUCAUUAUUACACUUUGACUCCCUGCUGCACCUGAAUUAGCUUGCUAGCUUACAGCUAGCAAGCUAAUUCAGGCAGAUGCUCCAUGUCACCUGGAGGGGGGGUACAAACUGUUUUGAUUGAACCCCCCCUUUAAAGGCUGAACUAUUUGUUUUAAUAGCACAGACGACUGCUGCUAACUUUGGAUUUAAAUCUUAACGUUAGUGAAGAAGCUGCAGUUAAAUCUUCAUUUUAGUAGUUUCACUUGAAUUGUGAUUUAAUUUGUGUCCCAUUUAAUGAACCUAAACCUCAUCUGAAGGAAAACCCAGUUUGUAUUUAGCUGCAUCAUAACGAUUUUAGGAAGUGUCAAUAAUCUUAAUGCAAAUACAGCGUUGAUCAUGCAACAUAGAGAUUUAAUUUGGGUAGAGGACCUGUUUGACCUUUGACCCCCAGUGCCACGGCCCGUGGAAGCUGGUGACAUUUUGCACACUUUGUACACUCCUCCAUGUGGUGAAAUGUAAAAUAUGUUUUUGCUGUUUUUCUUUUUGACAGUUGUGUAAAAUGGUCUUUGCUGUAACGGUGUUCGGCUGAGGAGCGUUUUCAUACGUGGCUUCGUCCUGAAAAGGUUCCCCAACUCGUUCUCUCAGGUGAUUUCUCAGUGGCCCAGAAUGUUCUCGAUGAAUAUCAUGUUCAGAAAUGUGAAGCGAUGUAUUUCUCAUGUCAUGUUUCUAAAAGUCUGAUAUAAUUUGUACUGUUAAAAUAUUAAAGAGUAUGUAUUUAACGGUUGUUUUGGUGCUCUCUCUGUAAAUAAAGACCGGUCAACCUCUGGUGACCUUUGACCCCUCUGCAGAGC